UCACAGGGCGAGGCGGGGCGGUCACAGUUACAAUUGUAAGGUUAUAAUUGCGAUUUAUAAACUAAACCACGAGAAGUUCCGCCUCAAAACGAGGAGGAACUUUACGCGGAGGGUGGCAGAGCGCUGGAACAGCUGCCCAGGGAGGGCGUGGAGUCUCUGCAGACAUCCCAGUCCCACCUGGGCGCGUUCCUGUAUCACCUGCUCCAGGUGACCCUGUUUUAGGAGGGGGUUGCACUGGAUGAUCUCCAGAGGUCCCUUCAAACCCCAACUACUCUGGGAUUCUGUGAGGAGAGGGAAACCCGCUUUCCACACAGCAGAUCCCUCUGUGCCAGGCUUGGAGUCGGUAUCCAGAAAACAAUGGAGUCAGACAUAAAAGUGAACCAAGAUUUUAAAAGCCAGUUUAAGGCUUAUCAGAAGCAACAGCAGAGGCGGCUGCAAAAUGUGAUGGAGAGGAAGAAGGAAAAGCAGAACAGUCAGAAGGAUAAUGGCAACACAGGGGAGACUUUAGGAACCCCAGAUGAUCUAAACCUGUUUGAAGUAGGACAACUUGUAAAUGAAGAUGGCAGCAACAGGUUUCUCGAGGCUGGGAAUGAGCAGCUGCAGGAUCAGCUUCGAGAGGUCCGAGAUGAGAACUGCAGAUUGUACAAACUGGUGACAGAGAAAGAUUUUGAAAUAAAACAACUCCAGAAAAAAGUCCAGGAGGACAGGUUGGCUUUGGCGGGGACUUCUGGGUUAGCUGGAGAUGUUGCAGCCACUAAAAUAGUGGAAUUGGCCAAAAAGAACCGUGAGAUAACUGCUGAGGCCGAGAGUGAAAGAGCCAAAGUGAAGCAGCUGAAUCACAAAGUCAAGGAGCUGGAGAGAGAACUACAGGCAGCUGUCGAAAAAAUACAUUCCCUUGGUGGUGGUGGAAUCAAGGAAUCAACUCUGAAGAUGCUGGAAGAAAAUUUGGCUGAAAGUCCAGAGGUGAAAGCACUGCAAGAAAAAUUAAACACAGCCAACUUUAAAGCCAUGGAAUAUCGGAACCAGCUCCAGUCCUCCAGACAGGAACUGAAGAUGACCCAAAAGCUCUUGGCAAAUGAAAUUGGGGAAGAUGUGAAUAUUCAAAGUCUCUUGGCCAAUUCUGGCAGCUGGCGUGGACGGGCCCAGCAGAUCCUUGUUCUCCAAAACAAGGUUCGAGAGCUGGAGAGUAAGCUGGGUCAAAACAAGACCAGAAGAUCAGUGAUGGACAUUGAUGAGGAAUUCCUGGCCCUUGAGGAUCCAAGGAAGUUGUCAGCCCAGGAGAAGCACUUGCUGAAACUUCGCAACUUGGAGAAAGAAAAGAAAGAAGCUUUGGAGAAACUGGCCGGGGAACACCGCGCUCUCCAAAACAGCCACGAGGAAGUGAACAAAAAACUCAAUGCAUCAAAAGCCAGGAACAAAAUCCUGUGUGGUGAACUGAAAAUCCUGAAGGCACAGAUUGUGACCUUGCUGGAGAAAGGAAAACACGACGAUGAGCUCAUAGAUGCCUUGCUGAGCCAGCAGAAGCAAAUGCAGGAGAUCUUAAAGGACCUGAGCCAGAAGGAGGAUGAGAACAAGGAGUCUUGGAAAAUAGGGCAGAUAUUGAACAAUGAGACUAAGGAACAAAGCUGCCUCAUAGAGCACCUCAGGGAGCUGGUGGCAAAGGUUAAAAAGAUGGAAGAGGCGAUUGGGAAACUCACACUUCAGAAGGAAUCUGCCCAUCAAGGGGAGGGUUCAGGAGCUGCUGAUACACCACCUUCUGAGCACUCUGAGGCACCUCUGGCACCAGGCAGCAGUGAGGUUGCAAGGACUGACUCUGCCCGCACAGUGUCCAGUAUGGGCCACAUGCUUGUGGAAUCAGCAGCCACAAGGCCUUCCCUUCUUAGGGAUGACAUCCCACCUGGAGGGCUCCCUGGCACCGACAUUCCAGAGGGGAAGGUGCUGCAGACACAGCUCACGGAGCACGGGGCUCUGUGCCAGGCUGCUGAGGUGGAGAGGGACGGGCUCCUGGCACUGAUGACUGUGCUGCAGAAAAGGGUGGAGGAAAGCAGCAAUAAAGUCUGGGAAGCUGAGAAGAGGCUUCAGAAACAGCAGUGGCAAAGUGUCGUUUUGGAACAGGAGCUUGAAAAGCUGCAAACAGAUCCAGGGAAAAACACAACAGGACAGAAACCACCCCUGUGGAGCAGAACAGUCCAGUCUGUGGGUCACUCAAGACUCCCCUUAAAUGUGAGUGACAGGAAGGAGCUCCCUGCAUUCCCCCUGUCCCAGCUGCCCCUGGAAUCACAGGGAGAGGAGCUGAACAUGAGGCUUGUGACCCAGCUGGAUGAGAACAAAGCUCUGCAGGCUGCUUUGGAAUCAACUGUGAGAAAGAAAGAGGAAGAUUUUAAACUGUAUCAAGACACAAUGGAGCAAGUGAAGAAAAUCUUUUUACAGGCCAUUGAGCAGCAGAAACAGGAGAAGAGUUGAGGGAGAUAUCCCGAGCUCUUUGGGCUGCAGAGCAGGGAGAGAGCCCAGGCAUCUUGCCUGGGAACUGGAGCAGUGGCAGUGUAGUUUUGCAGCCUCAGAUCUUCAGCAUUUACAGGAGAGGAUGAGAAACAGAGAUGAAAUACAAAAAGUAGAGGUUU